GCCCUUGCCUUUGCUCAUUGCUUUUCCCUACGGCUGCAUGCCCGGCUUUUCCAUUUACUUAAAAGCAAACAACACAACUCAGAAUCUCUGUCUUGCAUGUUCAUUUCUCCAUCAUGUCUGCCGCAUUCCGCAUCUCGCCCUCUCUCUGGGACAAGAUCCACCACUUUGCCUCAUUUCCACAGACCGGUGUCUCGCUGCAACAAAUGGUCCUUUUUGGACAGAACCCAAGCCAGGGCACCCUUCUCAAAGCCAGCCAGUUUCUCGUAGAGGAACUUCCAGUGCGCCUGGCUCACCGCGUGAAAGAGCUCGACGAACUGCCUCACAAUCUUAGCGACAUGCCUUCCAUUCGCAAAGUCAAGAACUGGUAUGCUCAGUCCUUCGAGGAAUUGAUCGGUUUUCCUCCCAUCAGUCUAUCGCCCAGCAUCCGCCAAGCCCUCAUGGUUCGUUCAGAAGACAUCUUCCUCCCUGAAUCAACCCCGAACCCUUCUUUGAUGAACCCUAUCGAUAACGACCACCCAUUCCUAGGUAACAUGAAUUCACGAAGUCCAAAUGGCUCUUCCAAUGGGAACAGUUUCAAUAACAUGAAACUGCGCGUUCCGAUGGAGAGAAGAUAUUACGCAAAGACAAGCGGGAUCGAGUGGCCACCUGAAGUAAGCGACUUCAAUAGUCGUUUCACCCGGUGCUUGGAAGCGAUCAAACGGAGACACGACCCAACCGUGACUACCGUGGCACAGGGCGUGUUAGAGUGGAAACGGAGCCAGAAUGCCAAAAAUAUAGGUUUAGAUAUCCAAGCAUGGCUGGACAGAUUCUACAUGUCUCGUAUAGGCAUUCGUUUUCUUAUAGGCCAACAUGUCGCUCUAAACACGCAACAGCCCCACAAGGAUUAUGUAGGCAUCAUUUGCACUGAGGCGAACGUCCAUGACAUUGUACAAGAAGCAAUCGAGAAUGCUAGAUUCGUCUGUGAAGAACAUUACGCCAUGUUCAAAGGGCCUCCCGUCCAGCUCAUCUGUCCCAAGAACCUUUCCUUCCCUUACGUCCCCGGGCACUUGUCCCAUAUCUGCUUUGAGCUCCUCAAAAACUCCCUUCGUGCCGUUGUAGAGCGUUUCGGACACGACAAUGAGGACCACUUCCCGCCCAUCAAGGUGAUCGUCGUCGAGGGUAAAGAAGACAUCACCAUCAAGAUCUCCGAUGAGGGUGGGGGCAUCCCACGUAGUGCCAUACCCCUGAUCUGGACUUAUAUGUACACAACAAUGGAAAGUAAAGGUAUAGACCAGGAUUUCCAGGCUAGUGAUUUCCAAGCUCCUAUGGCUGGGUUCGGGUAUGGACUACCUUUAUCCAGAUUGUAUGCACGAUAUUUUGGUGGCGAUCUCCGAUUAAUCUCAAUGGAUGGGUUCGGAACCGACGUAUACAUCCAUCUCAAUCGACUUUCAAGCAGCCGCGAACCUUUACAAUAAACCAAUGAUGUAUGAUGUGACUGAAAUACAAAACAACGUGUGUGUAAUAAUAUUAAUUGUAACCUGUAUAUGUACCUAGUCUCUACACUAUCUCCCAUUACUUUGUGUAUGUUUAUGGAAUGGAAAACGGGGAUGUCGGACGAGAUGGUCCAACUAGAUUGAUACAAGUGUGUAAAAACCAAACAAAAAAGUGUAAUAAAACGUAGCGAUGCAGGGAAGAUAGCAUGAGAGAUAGAGAGCAACGUAGCCAAACUGAUAACGAAACACGAACCAAGAAAAAAGGGUGACUGAUCAAUGUUCUGAAGCGGGAGCGGGCCAUCUCGUUUAUGUCGGGCCGUCUGCAUCCCAUGAGCGCUUCAGGUGUGUAGGGUAGCUCUGGGACAUGAUGGGGAAGUAGCCCUGCCGCGAUUCGUGAGCGAUACUCUGCUUGCGCUGCGGCUCACUCGCAAGACCAGUGGCGAAAUGCGAUGGUCGGUGAGACGCUUCCAACGCUCCCACUUCCUCUUCCAGCCGUUUAUUAGCAUACUUCAGCUGCUGCAGCUCAUACUGCCAACUCGACCCGCGCUUGGUGUCUAGCUCCUCGAAUACGCUCGAGUCGAGCGGAUGCGCAAGGGUCCCUCCAUCCGACGAGGAAGAAGAAUCGCCCAGAGCCUUGAUCUGACAUAUCACAGGGAAAGGCGACGGCGACCCUCUAUACGGCGUGCAAUACAAAACGAGAGCAACAUAGACCUGACAGCCAUCUUUCCUUUUCAUCGUACACGCCAUAACGCUAGGCUCGUCAAUAGUCGACGUGCGCUUCAGCUCUUCCUCCACAAGAUGCCGGACGUCACCACCCACGACAAAGUCCCCGAUCACCUUGCCUAUCAUCUCACCGGGUCCCCAGCCCAAGACGUCGCUCACCGCCAUGCCAGCGACGAGGAAUGUCCCCUUGUUGUUGAGGAUACCCCAGAAUUCCCGUUCGCACUCCUUAAUGUGUUCUUUCCGCUGAAGGU